CAGAUAUUUUUCUGACUCGGAAGUAUAUCUUGAGGCUUGUCAACAUGAUUUUCAAAGCUAGUAGGGGAUUACUAAGAAUCAUGCAUACACCCAUGUCAAGCGUUAACAAGUCUUAUGUCAUCUACCCAGGGGUGGAGAAAGGUUGUACAACAUGGGUUGGUUCCAAAAUUUUCUCCGCUCAUCUUACCUGCCCGGGGACUAAAAAAAAAACAUGUGAUACAGUUUAGAAAGGCUCCAGUGGAGUACCCGCCGGUCACUGGAACUGAAAACUGGAGACGGAAGAUGCGCACAUGUUUUAGGUGUUUUGAUGUAAACGGUGCCGGCUACAUUACAAAAGAAGACUUCUUGAUAAGUGCAAAACGCAUUGCCGACUAUUUGGACCUUAACGAUGAGAGAGCAGAGCAUAUGCUAUAUCAGCGUAUUUCUAUGUGGGAUUUAAUUUCAAAAAGGAAGGAGGGUGCUUCCAAGAUAUCAGAGGAAGAAUGUCUUAAAUCGGCCCCAAUGGUGUUUAAUCAGAGAAGCUGCCGAAUCGAGUCUUUCCCCUUGCAGAUAUCCAUGCAUUUUACUUCUGUGGACCUUGAUAGCGAUGGUCUGAUCUCAAGAGAUGAACAGAAGGCUUUGGCUUAUAGCUUUAACGUCUCCGAAAAGGAUUCGCAGAAAGUAUUUGACCUAUUGGACAUAGACAAAGAUGGAGUUAUAACAAUUGACGAGAUUGCCCAUGCUUUUGCCGAAUUCUUCUUUACUGAAGACCCAAAUAACACAUAGGCUACAACGGAAUAUUCAGACCAUUGACUGAUUAAAUACCGACUUAAAUGAUGAGUCAGCUUUGAUAUAAUACAUGCCUUCUGAAUGUCAAGUUCAGCCAGGAAUGUCAUUUCUACUAUACAAUCAUGAAGAUCUGAUGAGUGUAGCCUUAUUAUAAUAUUUGUCAAGAAUUUGGGAUGGGUUGUACUACUGUGGUAGAUUUAUUGAGCUUUUAAUGCACAUUGCUUUAAACCGUAUAGUUUUGUUCCAAAGAAAAUAAUUAUUUUAAAAAAAUGCUGUAAAGUACAUAUUUGGAUACGAGGUAUAUUGGAAUCAUUAUU